AUGGCUACGCAGGGAAUCGAACCUAGAAUCUUCCGAUCCACUCUUGGACGCCGCGUUGCCAUUGGGCUACGCAACCUGCAUUUCACUCCUCACGAGCGAAAAUUCGCCUCGACUGCUCCCCGAAUGGCGAGACCGCCAAUCAGUGCCGGUCCUUCCGAAGGAUUCAAAAUCCGCAUGGCUUCAGCUCAGAACCCUGUUCGCAUUGCUAUGCGUGAUAAGCACUACAAUGAACGCUCCGAAAUUCAGAAUGCGGCUAUGAAAGCUGGUCUUGAUUUGAUCCCCAGCUUCUCGGACAGAGACAAUUUGGUAGUCGUUGAUUAUGGAACCGCUCAGGGUGCAAACUCGAUCGAACCUAUAAAGAAGGCAAUCUCAACCUUGCCAGAUGGAGCCAUCGCUUCUCUAAUCUUUGAAGAUACUCCGUUCAACGACUUUGGAACCCUGGCAAAGACUGUCUCGGACAACUUCAUCAACGACGACAGCAAGAUCCAGAUCGUGCCAAGUCUCGUCCCACUGGGAUUCUAUCAGCAGGUGGUCCCAACCGGACAAGCCGACAUUGGCUUUUCCUGGUCCUCUUUCAACUACCUGGAGAAUAUUCCUUCUGUUAGUCUCGACGCAACAGCAUCCCCAGCUGAUUUUGCAGUUGCUCGUCACAAAGCACUUGCGGCAGCAGCGCAUACAGACCUCAUUAAGCUACUGAAGCUUAGGGCCAAAGAAAUACGGAGCGGAGGAUACUUCAUUGCUGCUAUUGGAGGACAAGCGCCUGAAGGGGAGAGUACGCCUUCGAAGCCAGGCUCUCCAGUCCUUCAAGCUGGAUUGAUGAGAAUGGUCGGUGAGGGGAAGCUGGCAUUGCCUGAGCUGAUGCAGAUGGCUCUUUUCCCAAGCCACGAGCGCACUCCAAAAGAGGUUCAGGCCGCUUUGAAUGAUGAGGCUGUCGCACCGCUAUGGGAGGUGGAGUCUCUAGAGCCAAAGCUGAUUGUCCAGCCAGCCUGGCAUGCCUACCAGUACAAGAUCAAGGCCAAUGAGAGUGAGAAAGACGAAGCUCUGAAGGAAUAUGCUCGGAUCGCUAUUAAUAACGUGGUCUCAGCUUCGGGCUGGUUCUGGGUCGACGUACUGAAGAAGUCACGAGGUCAACAUUGGGAUGGAGGCGAAGCAUUUCUUGAAGAAUUCAUCAACAUUACGGUUGAGGAAUUUGUUACAAAGUUUGCGGACUUCAAGUUGGAGAUAUGGUAUAAUUACAUCAAGCUCAAGAGAACUGAUAAGAAGGCGUAG